AUGGCUACUCGCGAAGCUACUUAUCGCUCUAAUCUGCUAAUCCAGCACUUCUUUCUUCAUGGGCGAAUUCUUGAAGCAGAGCUCGAGUUUUCCAAGAGAUCGCACAGAAACGUUUUCUCCUGGAACAUACUGAUUACUGGGCUUUUGCGAGCGCGGCUAAUCGAUCGAGCGACACGAGCUUUUGAAAUAAUGCCUCAGAGAAAUGCUGUUUCGUGGACCGCGCUUUUUCUUGCUUAUGCCGACAUUGGGCAUUUGCAAAACGCGGAAGCGCUGUUUGAUGGGAUGCCAGAGAAAGAUAUCGUUUCUUGGAACGGGAUUAUAAGUGUGUUUUCCCGCGAGCUUUUAUAUGAUCGAGCAAAACAUUAUUUCGAUAAGAGUCCAGCAAAGGACAUUGCGUCCUGGACCAGCCUUGUUACUGCUUAUGCCAAAGUUGGGCAUUUUCAGGAUGCGUAUGAUGUCUUGAACAAAAUGCCGGCCCAAAACGUACAUUCUUCAAAUGCGGGCAUGCUCGCUCAAGUACGGACGGGUAGUUUGUCUGGUCCCAGGUUCCAAUUCGACCGCUUGCCAGAACGAAGUUGUGUUUCGUGGAGUACUUUACUAACGGCAUAUGCCCAAAACGGGCAUUUGCAAAAUGCAAGAUUUGUUCUUGACUUGAUGCCUUGCCACGAACUUUACUCGUGGACGAGCAUGAUCGCCGCAUACGCGAAGUGUGGAGAGCUUGAAAGUGCAAAGAAAGCAUUUGAUUCCUUGGUAUUCAAAGAUCCUGUUACGUGGGCGGCCAUUGUCGGGGCAUAUGCCCAAAACGGGCAAUGCAGGAAAGCCAUUGAUUUCUUCCGGGUAAUGGACCUCGAGGGCUGCGGGCAUUUUUACGACAAGUUUAUCUUUGUUACCAUCCUUGAUGCUUGUGCGGAUGUCUCUGAAUUUACCAUGGGUAAGUUACUCCUCGAGGAAUGUGAUUUUAGAGCUAGCGACGUUACAACGAAUGUAAUCGUGAAUUUCUAUGGCCGGUGUGGCAAGGUGGAUUUGGCAAAAAUCUUUUUUGAUCGAACCUUGGUACGGAAGAACAAUGUGACUUGGAACACGAUGAUCACGGCAUAUUCGCAGAAUGGAGAGGCUCAAGGGGCGAUAGAUGCUUUCCAAGGAAUGGUUUUGGAGGGAAUCGAGCCAAACGGUGUGACUUUCCUUGGCAUAUUGCUGGCUUGCAGCCAUGGAGGCUUGUUCGCUGAUGGAAUCGAUUAUAUGCGAAUUGGAAUCUCGGAUUUCUGGAUUGAACCAGUACUGGAUCACUACGUUUGCAUUGUCGAUCUCUUGUGUAAGAUCGGGAGAGUUGAGGAUGUGGAAGAAUUGAUUGAGAGAAUGCCAUUCGAGCCAAACCAAGUGGCUCAGAAUGCUGUUCUUGGAGCUUACAAGUUGCAUACUUCUUUGUAA